AUGGUGUUACACCGUUUCCCGCAGAAUUUUUGCAUCUGGCAGUUCAUUUUCCGUGAGUUUAACGUGAAUGACGAUGUUUUUGCAAAUGAUUCUGUUGAGCUGUUGAAACAGAGCGGUAUCGAUUUUAAGAAAAAUAACGAAAACGGAAUCGAUGCGUGUAGAUUUGCCGAGUUGUUGAUAUCUUCAGGGAUUGUGCUGAAUGAUAGUGUGUAUUGGGUAACAUUUCACAGUGGAUAUGAUUUCGGAUAUUUGUUGAAAGUGUUAACAUGUCAGAAUUUGCCUGAUACACAAUCUGGAUUUUUUAGUUUGAUUAAUAUAUAUUUUCCCACCAUUUUUGAUAUUAAACAUCUGAUGAAGUUCUGCAACAGUCUUCAUGGUGGGUUGAAUAAGUUAGCUGAGUUAUUGGAAGUCGAAAGGAUUGGUGUUUGUCAUCAAGCGGGUUCGGAUAGUCUGCUUACUGCGUGUACUUUCAGGAAGUUGAAGGAUAAUUUCUUCAGCGGCUCGUUGGAGAAGUAUGCUGGUGUCUUGUAUGGUUUAGGUGUCGAUAAUUGACGACAAUGGUAGAUCAGGAAAUAAGCAACGAUUUGUUAUAAAAGAUAUCAAUAUGUUGGUUUUGUUUGUUCUUGUUCGUGAUAUAUUCAUGGUUUACAUUUUUUUAUGAUUUAUAAUAAAAAGAUGCAGCUGGUAUUUGAUGUCUA